AUGGAUCACUUUUGCAGGUUUGGUCAACCCCAACAAGCUAACAUACUAUUCUUCGACAUGAAGGGUAGAGGGCAUUGCCCCAAUGUGGUUUCUUAUACUACUCUCAUUAAUGGGUACUGCUUAAUUGGUGGAAUUGGUGAUGCCCGCAAGGUGUUUGAUGAAAUGCUUGAUAGUGGUAUUGCGGCAAAUUAUUUGACUUAUAGUGUUUUAGUCCGCGGGUUUCUUAGGAAGAAGGAUAUAGAAGGAGCAAAGGGAAUGAUGUGCCAGUUAUGGGAAAAGAUGAGGGUUGAAAGCGAGGCUUCGAUGAAGAUGGCAGCCUUUGCGAAUCUGGUUGAUUCUCUGUGUAGGGGAGGGUUCUUCAAUGAAUUGUUUAGGAUAGCCAAGGAGUUUGCAUUAGGGGGCAGUUUGUGUGAGGAUGUUGCAUAUGGACAGAUGAUAGAUUCACUCUGCAAGGUUGGGAGGUAUCAUGCGGCUGCUAGGAUUGUGUAUAUAAUGAGGAAGAGAGGAUUAGUUCCGAGUGUAGCAUGUUAUAAUUAUAUUAUACAUGGGCUUAGCAAGGAUGGUGAUUUUAUGAGAGCUUAUCAGUUAUUAGAGGAAGCUGAAUUCGGAUUCUUGCUUUCUGAGCAUACCUACAAGGUGUUGGUGGAAGCUCUUUGCCAAGUGCUGGAUGUGGACAAGGCAAGGAAAGUUCUUAAACACAUGCUAAGUAGGGAAGGCGUCGACAAGACUAGGAUUUACAACACUAUUUAA